AUGGAGUUGUCUUUUGGUGGACGACGAAGCAGGGCCGAGCGAGAGGAACCGGGCGGAGGGUCUACAGCAACCAUCGCGUGCGCAGGGAGGCGGAGUAAGGUUUUCAACACGACGCAGGCAGGGUCUACACGCGGUGGAGAGAAAGGGAGGGGCGGAGCGGCCACCGCAGCCGUGACACCGCCGGCUGCGGACGGCGCCGCCGCAGGCUACGGACACGCGGCGGAGAGAAAGGGAGGGGCGGAGCGGCCACCGCAGCCGCGACACCGCCGGCUGUGUACGGCGCCGCCGCAGGCUGCGGCGUCGCCGCCCGUAGUCUGCGGAUACCGCAGAGUGCAGGGUGGACGACGAAGCAGGGCCGAGCGAGAGGAACCGGGCGGAGGGUCUACAGCAACCAUCGUGCGCGCGGGGAGGCGGAGUAAGGUUUUCAACACGACGCAGGUAGGGUCUACACGCGGCGGAGAGAAAGGGAGGGGCAGAGCGGCCACCGCAGCCGCGACACCGCCGGCUGCGGACGGCGCCGCCGCAGGCUACGGCGUCACCGCCCGCAGUCUGCGGAUGCCGCAGGCUGCGGCCGCCGCUGCCGGUUGCUGCGGCCCGCGCCAAGCCGAUCUUGCGGGGGUUUCAUUUCACUUAAACGUUUAA